GCUUUUUUUUUUCCUCCAAAUUUGUACUGCCUCCUCCUCCUCCUCCUUCUAAUUCCCCAAUUUCCCCCCCGAGUGUUCAGGCUGUCCCGUCUGAAUUCAAAUGUGAAAUUAGGGUUUAUAGUACUCCUGUAAUUUGAAAAUUAGGGUUUUUUUCUUGAAAAAGGAAGAUAGUUUAGCAACUUCAUUUUCAAUUUAAGUUGCUGUACCUGGUGAUUAAUUCAUAGUCCGAAGCAGCUUUACAUCUCUGAAGCAUCAAGAGCAAUGGCUCAAUCUAAUAAUAGCGUCGCUGGAGUUGACAACACUUUCCGCAAGAAAUUCGAUCGAGAAGAGUAUUUGCAACGUGCUCGCGAACGUGAAGAAAAGGAGGCAGAGACGAAGUUCAAAAAAUCCAAAGGUCCACCGGUGCAGAGGAAACCCUUGAAGCACAGAGAUUAUCAAGUCGACCUUGAAUCUCGAUUAGGAAAGACUCAGGUUGUCACUCCGGUUGCACCCCUAAGCCAACAGGCAGGAUACUACUGCUCGGUUUGUGAAUGUGUAGUAAAAGAUUCAGCAAAUUAUUUGGACCAUAUUAAUGGGAAGAAGCAUCAACGAGCUCUGGGUAUGUCUAUGCGGGUGGAGCGGGCAUCCCUGGAGCAGGUCCAGCAGCGGUUCGAGCUUCUAAAGAAACGGAAAGACACUGUAGGGUUUACUGAGCAAGACUUUGAUGAGAGAAUCUUGAAGCAGCAGCAAGAAGAGGAGGAAAGGAAGCGCCAGCGCCGUGAAAAAAAGAAAGAGAAGAAGAAAGAGAAGGCUGAAGAAGAGGAACCUGAAUUAGAUCCUGAUGUUGCGGCUAUGAUGGGCUUUGGGGGAUUUCGAUCUACCAAAAAGUGAUGGUUUGUCAUGGAAAGCCUGUGCAACUUGGUCUGCAAACUAGCUGGGAUGGCAAAGGAGGGUGUACUAUGAGAUUGUCUAAUUCUAGUUUAACAGACAGCAAAUCCGAAUGUAACUUGAGUUGUCAAAAUAUCAGCCUGCGCUUGGUAGGAUUUUGUUGGGCUGAUUUGUGUUUGACUUUUGCCCUGCUGCUAUACAAAUCAAAUGCAUUCUUUUGAGCAA